CCUCGGCAUCAGCCUCGCGGAAUUCCGCGAUCGCGAAUCCGCGAGUGUGUGAAUAUCCAGUCGGCGUCAGUGCGGCCGAGUGACUUCCAGCGAUGCAUCCGCAAGGGAUGAUGAGGGUGUCGCGGAAGGAGGAGGACGAUCCAACGAUCGAUCAUGAAGCGUCGCGCCGUGGACAUCGCUAAGGAGCUUCACCUCUGCUAUACGACCUCCGAUCUGCCAGUUCCGAUAUAUACUAUGGAGGUGCGAACAGAAAGACCACGGACCGCCGGUCGAAUAGCACCAACCGGGAGAGUAACACCGACGGUGCAUCAAACCGGUGGAGGGCGAAGAAAAGCUAUACCGGUUCCACCACCGAGAGUGCCGACUCCUAUGCCUAUCGCGAAUAAUAAUCAGCAAAGGAAUAAUGCCAACGUUGUCGUCCCGCCCACCGUAUCGGCCGUGUCGAAGAAAGAGCCGCAAGAGAACAUUGCCCGGAUAGCGAAACGGUACCUCGACGAUAACAUGCAGCAGGCGUGGAUCAAUCCUCGUCUAAUAUCGAUGAUAAAUAUGGAAGCGGUGACCUCGACCGAUUACGCCUCUACAAAUCUCAGCAAGAAUUUUAAUCAGGUCGGUUUCAAUACCUAUAAUUACUCACAAUUUGAAGAGAAGUAUAAGCCGCGGCAAAUUUUCAAAUACGGCGACGAGUAUCUCGAGUACGGGCAUAGGUUCGGCGCUAACGAGAGAUUUGCACGAAUGAAGCACCAGGAUGGUCUGAGACUCGAUCAGCGAUACAUGCGCAGCCAUUCUCAGCCGGAACGGCAGCAUCACUCGUCCCAGGAGACACGUUCGAAGUCUCAGGACUCUCGCGAGCUCACGUUCUAUCAGAUAGACCCGCCUGUGAAAUCGGAAAAUCCACGGCAACAUGACAAGUCGCAUCAGAAGCUGAAGAAGGAGCUGACCUUCUACGAGAUCGAUGGACUCCCGUCCGUCGGUCAGGAGAGGAGGGAUAAGUCCGAGGUGUGCAAGGAGCGUGCCGAUAAGAGUAUCAAGUCCCACGACAAGUCCCAUGCCGAUGGUCAGGAGAGGCCGCAAGCUGCAAAGCACGGCAGGCAGAGUCAUCAGGAGCAGCAGAAGACGUUGGCGAACGCGCCAACGUCGGACUACCAUCAGCUGAACCGGUCGCAGUCGGAUCUCACGGAGUGUCAACUGCCGAAUUACUACGGGCACCGGAAUAAUCCGUACAUCGAUCCGCCCAAGUAUCGACAGUUCGACAGGCCGCCGCGCUAUCAGGAGGCCCCGUUGAAAUCGGAACCGCCGCCUAAGUAUCACGCCGAUCCGCCUAAGUACGCCGAAGUGUCCAGACGGCAAGACGACUUUAAGAGGAUCCAGGAGGAGAGAGGCAAACGACAAGGUGGCAGUGGUGGAGGCGGGGGUGGCAGCAUCAGCGGCGGUGGUGGCGGUGGCAGUAAUUCCAGCGCAGGAAGGGGGAACACCGGCACUCAUGGCGCCGAGACGCCCUCUAAUCUGGCCAGUAUCACGCCGACCGCACGAGAAGUAACACGCGUCGCGAUCGCGCGACAACGGCUCUCCCAUAAGACGUGCGACGUGCGCACCAACAGUAAUAACAAUAAUAAUAACAACAACAGCAAGGAGAACCUGUUGCAGGAGAUCGGCGUUGAUUGCGAUUCCCGGUGUCACGUUGAACCGCCAAAAAAUCAUCAUCAUCAUCAUCAACAUCAUCACCAUCAUCAGCAACAUCAUCAGACUCGCGGCAUUGGUGGUAGCAACGUUACUAGCGGUAUCGUCGGUAAUGUCUUCCCAGAUAGUGGUGACGUUUCACACGGCGACUUAACAACGUGCGACAAGUACAAGGGCACCGGGUCGGAGUCGAAUCGGGGCGGCAGCAGCGACAUAGUUCAAGGUCGUCCAAGCGAGAGAUCCAUGCUGAAGAUCGAAAAGCUAUCGGGGAAAGUCGCUCUGCACGGCGGCGGCGAGGCAGCAGUCAGCAAGUGCGGUGCGGAGAGAAUGAAGUCGACCUCGCAGGAAGUCGGCUACAACAAGCACGAGGUCAACAAGGCCAAGAGCCACGAUGUCGGGCACGGUUACAAAGUCGAGAAUCUGCGUUAUUACGGCGAGCUGAAGGGCUACGCCGACUUCAAGGCUUACGGUACCGUGGACAAACAGCCGGCGUCCGUGCUGGUGUCUGCGCACGAGAAGUCGCAUCUUCUUCACGCGCCCACCUCGUGCGAAAAGGGCGACAAGUGUCACGGCAAGGCGCCGUCUUCGUCCGCGCAGGGUUACAGUCUGGCCAAGAUUGGCCAGCAGCAGGCGGAGAAGAGUCAUCACGGCGGCGAUCACUACUACCACAGAUCGUCGCACUCGAAGCCGAACGUGUAUCAGGUGUACCAGGAGACCAAGUACUCGUACAACGUGAGCGGGGUGCCUGGGACGCCGGCGCAGGCCAGCGCAGCCGCGGCCUUCUUCGCAAGGGCAGCACAGAAACUGAAUCUGUCGUCGAGCCCGCAUCGGAGACGACGUUCCGGCGACGAAAACAUCGGACCUGACGAGUUGCCCAUUUUUCCCAAUGGAUACGCCGCGCUGCUUCUCAAGUCACCACCUCCUGCACCACCCGCCCUUCUCAGGAGGAUAGGCGUAAAGGAGCUCACCGGGGUCGGCAAGGUAAAAGUUAUGCUAAGGGUAUCACCCGGAGACGGAGGUAGCUUCUUCAACGCGGAUAAGCGCAAGAAGCAAGUUACAUUAGUGGAUCCAGCAUCUGGGCAAUCUUCAUCGGCAGAAGAUCGACGGCCUACUGUGGCGGCGCCGAAGAUGUUCGCGUUCGACGCCAUCUUUACCGAGGAAGACUCUCAAACCGAGAUCUGUUCGAGUGCUCUUACAGAUGUAAUUCACGCGGUCAUUAAUGGAACAGAUGGCUGUCUAUUCUGUUUCGGACACGCUGGUUUGGGUAAGUCUCACACCAUGCUGGGAACUCCGGAGGCUGGUCAUACACUGGGCGCGAUUCCUUGCGCUAUAGCGUGGCUCUUUCGCGGAAUUUCGGAGCAACGGCAGAGAACCGGCGCCCGGUUCAGCGUCAGGGUCAGCUGCGUGGAAUUGACCACGGGCCAGCAACAACUGAGGGAUCUGCUUGCGGCGCACGCGAACGACUCGGAACAAUCGCCGGCCGUGUACCUCAGAGACGAUCCGCUGUUUGGUACUCUUCAAUUGCAGCAGCACAGCGAGCUCCGCGCGCCGACGGCGGAACGCGCGGCAUUCUAUCUCGACGCGGCGGUCGCCGGUCGUCAACGGGAGGACGGCGACGCGCAUAUGCUUUACACGCUGCACGUGUACCAGUACAGCGUCGCUGGCAAGGGUGGAGUUGCCGGUGGUAGAAGCCGGUUACAUUUAAUGGAUCUGGGAAACUCGGAGCGCGGGAAAUCCUCGGGUGGAAUUCCCCUCUCCGGUCUGGGCAACAUUCUGCUCGCGAUCUUCAACGGCCAGAAGCACUUACCGUACAAGGAGCACAAGCUGACUCAACUGCUGAAAGAGUGCCUCGGCUCUCUGACUUGUCACGCGGCCAUGAUAGCUCACGUGUCACCCAACGCCCAGCACUACGCCGAGACAUUGACCACCGUUCAAUUGGCGUCGAGGAUCCAUCGGAUGCGGCGCCGAAAAAUCAAGUUUGUCGGCAGCAACACGCAGGGUACCGGAAGCGGCGGCAGUUCCGGCGAGGAAGCGGCUCGACAAAAUAGCGAGUGCGAUCCGAGUUCGAGCGAUCUGUCGGCCGACACCGUGAUCUACGUUGGGCCGAGCGCCGACGAUGCUACUGACGGCGAGCAUCCGCCCGUCUACAUACCCAGCUUAAAUUCGGGUGAUAAUCGUUGCGCGAUGGGCAGAGUGCUUCGCGGUUCCGCCGCCGAAAGACCGAGCAAGAUUCCGGAGGAGCGCAGUCCGGCUCACAAGUCCUCGAAGACAGUGAAGACGUUGACGCAGACCGCGUCGAAGCAGACCUCGCCGGCGCAUAGCGCAACGCCGAAAGCGAGUCCGGCCAGGAAAAACUCCUCGUCGAAAAGCGCUUCGGCGUCCAAAGUCAACGAUUCACCUAGCAGUAAGAUACCGGUAGCAGCGCCGAGUGGCGGGUCCGACGAGCAGUGGAUAGACGGACCGAGGAUCUCGAAGUCGAAGGUCGCGGAGGCGAGACAUAUGCUGAAGGAUUCUCAUCACAAACGAGAAACAUGGAUCGAUGGACCAAUGCAACUGACCGGCUCGCCGGCACUGCAACUGCACGCGCAUCAGCAUUCCUCCGGUUACGGUUUCAUGGACAGUCACAAGAAGAGCAUGAUCAGAAAGUGGGUGGAAAAUCAAUCGUCUCAAAUACAACGGACGAAACACGCCACGCCGCGACUCGAGUCGUCGAAGAUGUCCUCCGGCCAGUCAUCCGGCCAGUUCAAGGAGCUGACUCAGUUUAAAACCUGCGGCGGCGCGGACGACGACGAUACGUCGUUGUCUACCGUGGAGAGCGAUAGUUUGAAAGCGAACGAAAUCGAGGACAUAACCGAAAAACUGAGUGCCAAGCUGAAUCUACUUAACGUCAAGUCUAAUACGGAUUCAGGAUUAGAUCUGACGGCUAGCCCGGUGAUGGAUGACAGCAUCGAAAAAGGGAAACUCGAUCUGCCGGACGACGAAGAUGACGAUGAAGAAAUUGUCGUACCACCUCCGCUGCCGCUGAUUGAACCACUUAGCAACGGUGUCAGCCGAGAGGUAUCCAUGGAAAGUCUGAAUCUGUCGCACAAGGACAUUGUUCUACCCUCCAGACACUCGUUGUCCUCCGAGGACGAAAUUUUGGAGAUCGUUGAAGUGGAAGAUUUGGAGCCAGUACCUAUGCAAGACUCGUGUCUUCAGGUGACCGAGGAGGACAUUGCGCUCUGCAUGGGUGAGAAUCCGUUACCCGAAAGCGAUCAGGAAGAACAUCCUCUAAGGAUUCUUAGCCAAGAGAAUCUCACUGUGGUAUCAACUUUCACAGACUCAAUGUCGGUGAUGUCGGACACGGAGAGAUACAGACCGCAUUAUCCACCGCCGGUCGCCGCGGGUGUUCUGCCCAGACCGUACUUCGACCACGAAGACUUUCUCGAGCAAGAGACCAGGCACAAGUUCGAUCAGUUGGCCCGCCUUCACGAGCUCUACCAAAGCAAACUCGCGCUCGCCAACGUUUCCAACUCUGUAACUUACCAGAGGGAAAAUUCCUCCACCGUCAACGUGCGAGACGCUCCAUCAGCGACCGUCUUCCGUCCGCCGUCUCGCUGUCAGUCUUUAUCCCUUUCGGAUGUCUUGUUCAACGACAACGCGAGCAAUCAUGGCAGCAUAUACAGCGAACCUGCAUACAUAGCCGGCAAACCCGAUCAGGAGAAGAUCUGCGAUAAUUGUCGUCAGAGCAUGUCUAGGCCGGCCACGGCCUCUUACUGGUACCCCAGCAGUGUCGCCCACCUCGCCAGUCCUAGAAGGUACUGUGGUAAACUGGGUGACUGUAAUAUCUCCAGUCUGAGGCAUCCGGACGGUGCGUCGAAUCCUAAUCUAAAGGAGGAGAUCGAAAGGAUACCCGGAAACGGAGCAUCCGGCUCGGAUCCCGAGGAGGAGUACAUUGAGGCAAAGAAGCUGUUUACGGCUGCCGAGAGAUCCGAGAGAACGGUCACGGGAAAGUCCGAUAUCGAGGAAGAUUUGAAGAUUCAAGGAGGUACGCCCUUGCAGCUACCAAUGCAGUCUCCGGCGCCGUCCUCCGGACGAAUGCAACGCAAGAUUCUUAGUCUUGGUUCCUCGUUCGGUCUAAACAAGGAGGGCUCCGAUUCCGGCGCGGACACAACGCCGCGGGCGACCAAGCUGUCGCCGGCUACACUGUCCAGACAUCGUGCCGAGAGCUCCGGUUACGACAGUAUCGUUAGAGACAGCGAGACGAGCAGCAUCGCCAGCGACUCAUCCCGACAGACUGGCGCGUUACAGGAACAUCAAGCGGUGGAACAGCGGGCGGCAGGGUGCGGGCCUCGGCGGUCGCGGGCCCACUGCCGGGCUCAGCCGGGGCCGCCCGCGGCGUCGUCGGCGAUUCUCGCAUAUACAGGCGAGGACGUAGACAUCCUGGACAGACGCGCACGGGUGCGCUCGAAUCCACGUGGAACGACGUCCAGGAUACACAACCUACGCCUGCGCCAGCGCCUUCUUAGGAUGGAGCUACGUGACGCUAAGAGGCGCCUCAUGGUACCCGACACCCGCUGGGACUACAAUCUGUACGUGGAGGACGGUAUGGACUGGCGGGACCCGUCGUUUUUGGAGGCUCUAACGGCUGAAACAUGCAUUUUGCAGAAGAGAGUAGAGGCUUGUAAGAGCCACGUUCUUCUGAUCACUUGCUUCGAUUCCUGCCCUCAACAAUCGACAUCGACCGAGAUUCAGAUCACCUAACGUAGACUCAGAUCAGCACGCAUGACCGCGUGUUGAUCGCCAAUCCCGCCCACCCACCUACGAAUUUAUAAUCGUUGAAACGAGACGAGCGAAGUCGCCGAAUAGAAUGAAAUAAAAUUAACAAAUAAUGACGUCGAUGUCGCUCGACUCCGUCCAAUAGUUGUUAAUGAUAUAUCGUGGUAUCGUCAUCGUCAUCGUACGUCGUCACUAUUGUUAAAUCUAAAACGGUACUAGGAAGAUUAAACGAGAAAUAAAGAGAGCUAAAGUAAAAGUUUUUACCGAGAUAUCGCACACGUACACGCACACGCACGUGUCUUAUCGAAGUUAUAUUAUGGAGUUAUAACGAAAAGUGUAUUCAUGUUAAAGAUUUCGCGGUUGGUUCAGUUUCAACGAUGUUUCUCAGGAUACAGAACGAAGAUGUUAGAUAAUUUUUCGCGGUUGUUACAAUAGCGAAACGAUUCUCAGUUUCGAACGCGAUGUUUUCGCCGCAUUUAUAUCGGCAUUUAAUGGUUUUAACGUGAGAAGUUGGUGCUUUGUUCGUACGUCUAUUAUUCGUCAGAGUUAUUUGGAACACUGUCGCUGCCAUUUUCUAUCUGAUGCCAUUAGUAAAUUAUAAGAGAGAGAAAGAGAUAUUUCCGGACCUAAAGACUGUUGGCCAAUCGGCCGAACCACGUAUUUAUCGGGAACAGCGACGAAUAGAAGCGGAUGAAGUUGCACAUAGUCUUUUAUUGUCGCAAUAGGCUAGAAAUAUUCAUCUCAAUCUAGAAACGUGUCGAUAUUCAUCAUAAAUAUCAUAAUCAUGUCAAUCAAGAAAUAACAAUUGACUGCGGACUAAAACAGUAAAAAUCGAAAAAAACUAGAGAAAGCCAAUCAUGAACAAUUGUAAAUCAGAUAUAUAGUUAUCCGAGCAAUCUCGAUUGCACAAUGUCGACAAUUGAGUGUCGGCCGCUAUCUGAAGAGUAGUCACGAUUGAUUGAAUUUUGUCUUUUCUCUAUGUUAUCGUUAGGGUUACAAUCCCGGGAAAGAGAAGAAAUCGUUAAAUGACGUUGGCUAAUCUGAGUUGCCAAUGGAAAUGACUCGUAAUGACGGACAUUAAAGUAUUAGAAAUAGAUGCAAAUUUAUUCAUGGAAAAAUCGAGCUUCGGUUUUGAGGAAAAGCCAAAUGAGAGCAACGCACUGCCAAAAGAGUGCAAAAAAGACCUUUUUAUACGACUAACGAACAAUUGAUAAACAAAACGCGCCGUACGUAAUGUAUCUAAUGCACGCACGUUAAUUCAUGGUAUUAUCGUAGCUUUAAUCGUUAUCAGCAGUUACCGCACUUCGUAGGGUUCCGUAACUCACUUAGACGCAAAAGAGAAUAUAUGAAAGAGAAAGAAAGAGAGAGAGAGAAUGAGUGAGAGAAAGAAAGAACGUGCGCACGAAAGAUAAAAAAGAAAAGAAAUGAGAGUAAGUAUAAACCGUAAACUUUCGCUAAUCGUAAGAGACGCUCGAUUCGUGCGAGUGCUAUUCAUACCUGGAUUGAUAAAACUGGACGAAGAAAAAAGAAAGAGAGGCGGGAGAGGAACGAACACCCGAAAUCUCGUUUCCAACAUGAGAAUGUUACGCGAAGAGAGGACACGGAUAGGAUAUCAGCGCAGGCGGGGAUGAGGCCGGGGAGAAUGAAAAUAGAUGGGAUGAAAAUAAAUCGGUUUGGGAGUAAUGCGAGGCAGAAAUAGAGGUAUUCUAGUUUUCUGAUGCGAGUCGUGGUGGACCGACGGCCAAUAUCGAUGAAAAACCACCCAUUUUUCUCGUCCCGAACUGUUAUAUCUUGAGGUUCGUUUAUGCAUGAUACACACAUAUAUGUAUAUGAAUAUAUAAGCGCGCGCGCACACACAAUACACGUACAUACACACAAUGCAAACAAUACCAAUGUGAGUAACACACGCGACCAAUCGUCACACGUACACGCAGGUCCGUAUUAUAUUUCGUAUUUAACAUUAAUGCAGGCAUCUAAAAUGAGUUUUUGUUGACUAGUAUCUUUAAUAUAAUUUUGAGAGUGAAAAUUGCAAUUCAUAUAUUGUUACGGAUUGUUAAAUUUAUUAGCUGCACUUAAUGUUGAAUACAAAAUAUAUAUGCGGAUCAAAGGCACGAACGAUCAUUUUCUUCACGACGUCAGAUUACUGAUCGGCACACAAAUUUGUAUUCCACGAAUAGAAAAGAUCCUAUAUACUCGUUUCUCCGUGUCUCACUCACCGAUGAUCAAAGAUGUGAGUUCGCCGCCGAAUCCGUCGUCAUUGCUUUCAGUUCCUUCUGUUGAAAAUAAAUACCCGAUAUAUUGUUGAACGGAUUAUUUAUCGCGAGAGAGUCACAAUUGACGAUUUUUCUUGCUAAUCGAUCAUUCGAAUUGUCGCGCGAUCGGCUGCGAUAAUUAUAUAUAAUUGAAAAUGUAACGUUUUAUGUAGCAUCUUCUCAACGAGAACUAUAUUCAGGAAAUAAAUCAUUUCCACCUUCUUGAAGAAGAUAUCCUUAUGGCUGAUCGCGUAAAAACAUUGAACAUUAAAAUUCGCAUGUGAUGUUUAUUUACCUAUCGUCGCGUGUCUAAGUUCAGCCUGAGUUAAAAGCAUUGCCAAGAGCGUGUCAGUCCAUCUGCCGUAAAUACAACAGUAAUAAUAACGAAUUAUAGUGAUAGUAAUUAUUAAUUGUAACUAGCGAUCUACUUCCACUUUUCCAUUGGAAAACACUCUGUAUCAUAGUACUUGUAUUAUAUUUAUAUUUUAUAUGUACAAAUUAGUCAUGUAAUUUCUUGUAAUAAAGAUCAAUUUACAACGUG